GUUUCUUAUUCCUGCUUCUUCACAUCUUCAUGUAGAUUACAAAUUUGCAUCAAAAAAAAUAGAAAUUGGUUAAGGGAUUUCAUUAACUUUGUAUUUUCGAGCAAUUUUUUGGGCGAAAGAAGAAGAAUCAAGGUACAAUAAGGGUUUCGAAAUGGAGCCUGCUUUGAUUAUCGAUAAAUUAAAGUCAUUCGCAAAAUCUGGCGAAGAUUUCAUCACCGGAUUCUCUCGCCGCCGGAAGAAUAAGUCCCGUCAAAAUCCGAUUGAAAUCUUGAAGCGUUUGCAGCGAGAAGCAUUUUCUGACUUGAUGAAACUUAGAGACAGGCAGGACAAAGUGGAAAGAAUGCUUACUUUCUCUAGGACUUCAAAGGGGAGUCCAUUUCAAGAUGAUGGUACCAAUGUGAGGGGUGAGAUUGAUAUGAUGGGAAGUUUGUUCUUCACAGAUUAUCUUGAUCAGGAGAAUGUUGAUGCAAUUAGAAGGGCUGGAGUCAAAACAGGAAUUAAUGCGAGAAUCUCCUUUGAGACCAAAAUUCGUGAGAAAGAUAAUCUCGAGGCUGUGUUCAUUGCUAAUCAAAUUGACCACACACAGUCUAGCAGUAUUCUUGGAAGUGCUCUCUCUCUUGCUAAAGUAAGUUACACAGCAAACAUAACUGACUGGUGCUCGAUGGUUGCAAUUCCUAUGGGGGCUAGAUGUAGAGACUUGUCAAUUUCAACGGAUUCUUCAUUUCAGGAGAAAGGCCUUACUGAUUACUCAUCUUCUGGGCCACCUCUGUUGCAUCAAGAUCAUGGACGUGCAAUUGGUCUUACAGUUAAAAAAUCAAACGUUGUUGCUUCUUUAGCUCAUUUUGUUGUUGAUCUUCCUGGUCCAUUUGGACAUUGCUUCAGCACCUUUGGCCAGAUCGUCUGUCAGCUUCCAAGGAGUGCAAAGCUCUCCUUGUUUGGUCUUCACCAAGUCCCUAAACCAAGACAACAAGCCAUAGCUGGAGCGUUGACAAUACCACUAGGCAUUUGGUCACGCCAUCAACGUUCUGAGGAGUCAAAUUUUGAGGAAACUGUAGCUGGAAACUCAGUUGCUGUGAUGUUAGAAUCUGAACUUGAUGAAAGCUCUAGAGUUCGAGGGUGGUUACAGAUGAAGAACGGCAAUCCAAAACAUCUGCAGUGGUCGGUUAGCAUGUCUGAUUUUCCAGAAGAUGAGAUUGGAUGGGGUCUAAGUUUGGGCGGGACAAUUCAAGGUCCAAAAAGUUGGGAUCAUUUUCAAGUUGAGGCGUUUCUGAAAUUCAAUGUGGGCAAGAGAUUGAGUUUGCAACCAGCUUUUGUUUACCUCAUGGAUGGGAAUAACCAAGUUCCAGCUCUAAUGUGUCGUUCAACUUGGUCUAUUUAAUCAGUUUUUUGGUCCUAAUUUCUUAUGAACAACUUGUGACCAAGUUGCACCUUUUGUAGUUAGUUACUUGGUAUUAUCCUAAUAUUGCAAUACGCAAUUAUAAUUGGAUGCAUUAUCAUCGUGUAUCCCAUAGACUUAAGAAUGAGGUUAGAAAGAGUUUAUGAUUGCGUUGGCUGAUGCCAUGCUUCUGAUGUUAGUUUCUGUCUUUCUGAGGAUAUUAUUCCAAGGAACUUUCCAAGUUGAUAGCAA